GUAAACUUUACAUCACCGUGUCCUGUAGAAUUUUGUGAGCUCCGGAACCGGAAGUGAUCCUGGGAAUCUAUCCCGACCCAGUGCACCGGAGUCGCUUCAGAUUUGGGACAAGGGAUGAGCACCUGAAACUCCACAUAUAGACACAUGUCUACAAUGUACUCUUCUCCCCGGCCACAGUCUCUAUACGUAUUAGAUAGGGUCACUUGUCUGAAUUUCUGCCUAUGGAAAAGAUCUACCAUUCAGCUGUAAAUGCAUCACAAACAGGCCACCCAGGAUGAGGAAAGCAAGCAGGAGCACAAGCUCUGCCCCCAAAGUACCUGCCACCAACAAACCACAGGGCAGUGAGCGGGCAAAAUCAGACAGCAGCGCACCUACAUCAACCAAGGUAUCCCGUCCGGGGUCAUCUUUAUCAAAGGCUAAAAGUAAUGAUGAUCUCCUAGCUGGAAUGGCUGGCGGGCCGCCAGCAAGUAAUGGUGUGAAGGUAAAGAAAAGCAGUGUGGCAUCAAACCCCAGUUCCGGAGCAGCGAUGAGUGGAUCAGAUAGCAAAACAAGAAGCAACACAGGCAGCACCAGCACAAAGAGAAGUGGCUCAUCUGGGACCAAAGAGGCAGGAUCAUCUCGAGAGAGAGUGCGCGAACGUUCUCGUUUGAAUGCAAGCAAAAAAAUACAGAGUUCAGGCGUUGAUAUUGGAGAGACAUCUGCCUCAACAAAACGCUCUCGGGCCCGUGCAGAGUCUGAUGUUCUUCGUAUGAGCAAAUCAAAAUCUGACAACCAGAUAAGUGAUCGUGCUGCUCUUGAAGCUAAAGUAAAAGACUUGGUAAGCCUGGCCAAGAGUAAAGAUGCUGAAAUUUUGCUUCUUCGCACAGAGCUAAGGGACAUUAGGACACAGUUAGGAGAAGAUCUCUCUGACAAGAGUCCUGAAGAAGUCCCCAUAGUGCAGCUGCAGGAGCAGAAUGCGGUGGUACGAGAGGAGCUGCAGCAGCUGAAGAAUGAAAACCGCAUGCUAAAAGAUCGUUUGAAUGCAUUAGGUUUUUCAUUGGGUCAGCAGCUAGAUGUUGCAGAGAAACUAUAUGGCUACCAAUCCAUGGAUAUGGCUGCUGGCAGCCACAGUGACUGUGGCGGAGGUACUUUAGCCUCCUCUGUAGAGGGCUCUACACCUGGCUCAAUGGAGGACCUCCUCAGCCAGGAUGAAAGUACCCUGACAGGAGAGAGGAGGAGUAUUUCCAUCGAUAAUUUAGACAGCGAGUGCAGUGAGGUUUACCAGCCUCUCACCUCAAGUGAUGAUGCUCUUGAUGCUCCUUCUUCAUCCUCUGAAUCGGAAGGUCUUCCUAGUACGGAGCGAUCCCGCAAAGGCAGUAGUGGAAAUGUAAGUGAGGUCUCUGUGGCAUGUCUUACUGAACGUAUCCACCAAAUGGAAGAGAACCAACAUAGCACAUCUGAGGAGCUGCAGGCCACACUACAGGAGUUGGCUGAUCUGCAGCAGAUAACCCAAGAGCUAAACAGUGAAAAUGAGAGGCUAGGAGAAGAGAAGGUCAUUUUGAUGGACUCCCUGUGCCAGCAGAGUGACAAGCUAGAGUUAUUCAGCCGUCAGUUGGAGUAUGCCAGAGCUCUUCUUGAUGAGCACCAUGUGUCAUACUCUCUAGAUGAGGACCUAAAGAGUAGCAGGUAUUUAGACCUAGAGCAAAGAUAUAUGGAGUUGGCUGACAGUGGCCGCUUUGAGCGAGAGCAAUUGUUGGGUGUUCAGCAACAUUUGAGCAAUACUCUUAAAAUGGCAGAGCAGGACAAUAAAGAUGCACAGGAUGUAAUAAGAGCCCUUAAGGAGAGGAAUCACCAUAUGGAGCGCAUUGUGGAGGCUGAGCAACAUGCCAAGCAGGCACUCGCUGCAACUUUGGAGGAAUACAAAACUUCCCUAAAUGCUGAUCAGGCCGAAUGUUCACGUCUAAAAACUCAACUGGAACAGGAGAAACAAAGGGUCUCGGAGCUGUACGCUAUACACAGCUCUGGAGAUGCCUCUCAUAUCCAGAAUCUACUGGAAAGUGUGCGUUCCGAUAAAGAAAAAGCAGAGACUCUGGCAGGAAACCUACAGGAGGAGUUGGUGCAUUUACAGAGUGACCUCAGAAGAAUACAAGAUGCCUUUGACAAGCUGGAAGAUGAAUAUAGAGCGUUCCGUGAGGAGGCACAAAAACAGGUGUCAGAGUUGACUCUGGCCCUGGAUAAGGUGAGGAGUGAGUUGGAAGAGAAGGAAACGGAGCGUAGUGACAUGAAGGAAACCAUAUUUGAACUGGAGGAUGAAGUUGAGCAGCACAGAGCUGUGAAAUUACAUGACAACCUCAUCAUAUCAGAUCUUGAGAACGCAGUGAAAAAGCUGCAGGAUCAAAAACAUGACAUGGAGCGUGAGAUUAAGAUAUUAAAUCGGAAGUUGCGGGAGGAGUCUGCCGAGUGGCGCCAGUUUCAAGCUGAUUUACAAACAGCUGUUGUUAUUGCUAAUGAUAUCAAGUCGGAAGCACAAGAAGAAAUCGGUGAGCUAAAACGCCGACUUCAUGAGGCACAAGAGAAGAAUGAAAAACUUUCAAAGGAACUAGAGAAUACCACAUCCCGCAAGCAAGAAGAAGAAAGGGGUCGGGUCUAUAAUUACAUGAAUGCAGUGGAGAGAGACCUGGCUGCGCUGAGACAAGGAAUGGGUCUAAGUCGUAGGUCUUCCAACUCUUCUGAACCCACACCCACAGUCAAGACUCUUAUUAAAUCAUUUGACAAUGCAUCUUCACCAGCCCCAAGUCCAGCAGUAGCAGCUACUGCAGCAGCAGCUUCAAUGCCCCGCACGCCCCUCAGUCCUAGCCCAAUGAAGACCCCACCUGCAGCUGCUGUGUCCCCCAUGCAGAGACACUCCAUCAGUGGCCCGAUAUCUUCCACAAAAUCAUUGCAAGGCCUGUCAGAGAAAAGACCAAGUUAUGCUGAAAUACCAGUGCAAGAUCAUUUGCUAAGAGCAGCUUCCAGCGCCAGAACCGCAUCUUCCUUGCCAAGGGUCCCGGCCAUGGACAGCACCAAAUCUAUUGCUGUGUCACGCCGGAGCAGUGAGGAACUGAAACGUGACAUCACUGUGCCCGAUGGGGGUUCUCCUUCUCCUUUGAUGACAAUGACCUCAUCUUCCCCGCAACUUUCUCUCACUUCUUCCUCUCCUACAGCGUCUGUUACACCAACUGCUCGAAACCGCAUCAGCCUGUAUUAUAGACCCGAGAUGCAUUCACAAUUGCUAAUGGAAACAGUCGACAGACACACCCUUAACAGGGAAGAGAGGAAGGACCCCUUGUCAGCCCUUGCAAGGGAAUAUGGUGGCUCAAAGAGGAAUGCUUUGCUAAAAUGGUGUCAGAAGAAGACUGAAGGAUACCCGAAUAUCGAUAUUACAAAUUUCAGCAGCAGUUGGAAUGAUGGUCUAGCAUUCUGCGCUUUACUGCACACCUAUCUUCCUGCCCACAUCCCAUACCAGGAGCUGAGCAACCAAGACAAGAGGAGAAAUUUCACUCUGGCAUUCCAAGCAGCUGAAAGUGUGGGCAUCAAAUCUACCCUGGACAUAAACGAAAUGGUACGAACUGAGCGCCCAGACUGGCAGUGUCUCAUGACGUAUGUGACAUCAAUCUACAAAUACUUUGAAACCUGAAAUUGAAUCUUGCUUAUGUCUGUCAAGGCCCUCCUACACCGUCUGGAAUUUUUGAGUGGAAUUAUGGACACAAGAUUUGCCAUUCAUAUGAAGUGAGGAGUGGUAGAAGUGUCUUAAGUGCCCUGCAUCUUAAACAGAUCUUACAGACUAUGAUACACUCAUCCGUCUACGUGAGCUAAGGGUCAUCCCAUUUUCAGAUUGUAGUAUCUCAGGAUGCAGCUUGUGCCAAGGCAGUGGAAGCAACAAGAUUAAUGCAGAGGGUUGUAUCAGUUUUUAAGUCUUGCUGAUGUUCUCCUAGUGCCUUAGCAAUGUGUGAUCCUUACAGAUGCUCUGAUCACCAUCAAAAAGAAAAAUGAAUUCCAAGAUCCAUAGAAAAAGGAUACACACUAAUGCACAUAUUGUGCAAACAUCUUAGCUGCUGCCUUUAUAUUCCUGAUUGUCCCCUGUUAUUGUGCCUAUAACACUAGUGACAGUACAUGUGAAUGUUUUGCUCCAUUCAGCUCUUGGCCUUCGGACAUAUGAGAGCUGUAAAUGACACAACCGAUUGCUGCAUGUACAGUGUUUCUGCAGACUGACCAAACCGAGAUACAGCUGCUCAGAUGUUCCCAGGCUGUGUCCUGCACAAACCGUGGACUCAAUGUCCCAUGUUUCUUUUAGGAACUUUUUUAAAGAAUCUACACAAGCUACAUACCAGGCUCGGUACAUGUUUCCUUCCGCAGGUGCUUUCCCAGGAGGGUUUAAUUAAUAUCCCGAUUUUUUUUGUUUUGUUUUCUAUUAUUAAAAUGGAUGCUUCUCAUUUCAAUCACAAUGAAGUGCUAGCAUUCCUGCUAACUAAUUCCUCCAGGCUUCAUCUGGAUUCAACGUCAUUUCAGCAUCCUGUAAAAUGAAGAGUUGCUGAUUUUUGUUUCUUUUUUAUUUUUGUUUGUAAUCGUUAACGGUUCUGUUUACCAAUUCCAUCUCUUUUUCAUUAUCAUUCCACUUAGCUUUAUGGGCCAAGAAAAAGAGAACCCUGCAAUGGCUUCCCAAUAUAUAUACUUUUACAUUGGGACAGCAUACAUCUUUUACCUAGGAGCUGACUUGGAGGAUUUACAAUUUUUGGGUAAAGCCUUGUAGCAUAAGAGAAAGGCAGUGUUACUUUAAUCCGUUAGUUUUAUGAUUCCAUGUCUGCCUUGCUGUAGCACAUUGUAUAAUGUUAGAAUGAACCUUACAUUCUUAGGCUAUGGUUUACACAUCGCUUUUAACACUGAUGUGCAAAUCUGAGGCUGACCCCCAUUUCCACUGCGAACGGUACAGGUUACAUUCGAGGAUCAAUCCUAGUGUCAUUCAUUAGGGCUAAUCCUCUGCUCUUCUGUGCGGAAUCAGAGGCAACAAGGUAGCAUGCUAUUGGUUCUAAGACAACAUUACAUGUGAACCAGGUUGCGGAAAUCCCUAUCACAUGUAAGGGAUGUGGAUUGUUGGUGCAUCUGAUGCAGAAGUCUAAUACAUGUAAGGCCCCUUUCACACCGCCGGUGCUCCCUGUCAAGAACGGCCGUCAGUGUCUUUUUAUUUUUUUUUCUUUUUCUGACUUUAAAGCCCGUUCUCAUGACUGGGAGCAAUGGGCAACGACAGAUCCCAUUUACUACUAUGGGGGCCGCCGGGUGCCGUUAUUUAUAGUGGGAGAAAAAUAAAGGCAGAAGCAGUGAUUUUUCUCCCACUAUUCUGCCCGGCUCUCCCAACGGCCAUCACACUGCCAUGUACUCACAGCAGUGUGAAAGAAGCCUAAGCAGGACCAUUAAGGGGUCGGCCUCUUUAAGCCUAGAGUGGAAAGCCAUUACAGUGUUGCUCUCACCGUGGUGUAUGUAUGUUACAAAGACACUGAUUUGUAAUGUCUAAUUAAAGAAUGAUGGUACAGCCAGAAUGCUUAGCAAGAAAUCCAUUUGAUCCGAAUAAACAUGUUUAGCUGGUGCAGAUUCCCUGCUACCUUCACAUGUUACAUUACUUUGCAGCUAUUUGUGAAUGUUUUCUGCCAAUUGGAUUUUGCAGUGGAUUUCUUGCCUUCUUAUUGCCAGCCUUAGGUGUUGAUAUGAGGUCAAGUAUACAGGGCAUUCAUUGUUAAAUACCAUUUACUUAGAACUCUAUAGGUAUAUUUUAUAAUGUACAUUUCCCUGGUUAAUUUAUUGUGUUCUGUUAUUUCAUAACUUUUCUCACAUGCACAACUGUAGAAAGUAAAUGUUUUGCCAAAAAAAACAUUUUUUGUACGUGAAAAUCUGAAUGCGUCUUUGUAACCAUUACUGUAUAUGUUAAGUACAAAGUAUUUAAACAGAGACUGCCUUCAUAAAGAAAACAAAUGUCCUUGCAGUUGCAUUGAUACUUUAAGCUUUAACUACAUCCUGGCAGCAGAGCCCUGAGUAACAAUAAAAUAUUUAUGCCAUCGUGUAGGUUUUUCUCUGCAAGCAAGGAGAUAAUGGCAGUGUUUUACUAUUAUUUUAUUAAUAACAUAUAUAUUACAUAUGAUAUAUGUAAACAUGCGUUGGCUUUACGAUGCAAAAGGGCAUUUCCAAAAUAAAAACCUAAAGCUUCA